AAAGGUGUCGUGAUCCAGCUUCUAUUUUUAAGACUAUUCCAACGUUCGUUUCUCACAUAAAGAGAAGAGGAGGAUUUCUAAUUCUUUCACGUUGGCAUUGCAAUAUUAGUUAACGACUGACUUGUAGCCGACAAUUCCAAUAAAAAAAGAUGGCUCUGUGUCAGACAGCACUUUCUGAUGCCAUGAAUAAAAAAGGAAGUUUACUUUCUCAUAAGGGGCCAAAACAUUAGUUGUUGUGGCAGGCGGGCACAAGAUGGCUGAGAAUGGGAUUGGAGAGUCUUUGUUGAGGAAGAACAAGUAUUAUGAGGACUGCCCAGGUUGCAAGAUUGAACUUUCCAAAGAAACCAACACUGGUGUUCCUUUCAAGUAUUUGCUCUAUGUCUGGAUUGUUGUCCUUUGUGCAGCUUUGCCUAUAUCAUCUCUCUUUCCUUUCCUCUAUUUCAUGAUAAGGGACUUCCAUAUUGCAAAAAGAGAGGAGGACAUUGGCUACUAUGCUGGUUAUGUGGGAUCUGCUUUUAUGUUCGGCAGAGCUUUAACUUCUGUGCUCUGGGGAAUGAUUGCUGAUCGAUAUGGUCGAAAACCAGUCAUAAUAUUUGGCACAGUAUCAGUGGUUAUUUUCAACACCCUUUUCGGCCUUAGCACAAGCUUUUGGAUGGCAAUUUCUAUGAGGUUUCUUCUUGGAAGUCUGUGUGGCAUACUUGGUCCUAUGAGGGCGUAUGCUUCAGAAGUUUGCCGUAAAGAAUAUCAAGCUUUAGGAAUGUCAAUUAUCAGCACCUCGUGGGGCAUUGGAUUAGUUAUUGGUCCCGCACUUGGAGGUUUUCUUGCUCAGCCUGCAGAGAAAUUUCCAAAUAUAUUUUCUUCUGAUUGUCUUUUUGGGAGGUUUCCGUACCUGUUACCUUGCCUUCUGAUAUCAAUCUUUUCUGUUGGUGUAUUGGUCGUUUGUUGUUUCCUUCCGGAGACGAUACACAACCAUAAAGGAAAUGAUGAAGAGUGCAAUGAUUCUGAUGCACUUGUGGCCACCACAUUUGAGUCCACCUCUUCUCAGAAAAGCCUGCUGAAAAAUUGGCCCUUGAUAUCAUCUAUUAUAGCGUACUGUGUGUUCCAACUUCAUGACAUGGCAUAUGCAGAGAUUUUCUCAUUAUGGGCUGUUAGUCCUAGGAAGAAUGGGGGAUUGAGCUUUUCCACUGCAGAAGUUGGUGAAGUUCUUGCAUUUUCAGGCUUUGGACUGCUACUCUUUCAGCUAUUUAUAUACCCAGUGGCUGAGAGAAAUUUUGGACCAGUCAUGGUAUCUCGCCUAGGAGCAGUCUUGACCAUACCAUUGCUAUCUAGUUACCCUUUUAUAGCUUUUCUAAAAGGCCUCAUGCUCAUGCUACUGAUCAACUGCGCAUCCAUCCUGAAGAACGUGCUCUCUGUAUCAAUCACAACAGGAUUGUUCCUUCUGCAAAAUAGAUCAGUGACACAACAACAAAGGGGUGCCGCAAAUGGAAUUUCAAUGUCUGCCAUGUCCCUUUUCAAAGCAAUUGGUCCUGCAGCUGGAGGUUCCCUCUUUUCUUGGGCACAAAAGCGUCAGAGUGCAUUUUUUCUCCCAGGUGAUCAAAUGGUCUUCUUCCUUCUUAACAUGAUCGAGGUGAUUGGACUGUUCUUGACAUUCAAACCAUUUCUAGCUCUUCCUGAUGACAGCAUUUCUUAGUUCUGUUUCAAAAGUUGACAUCAACCAACAAAUAAAUAAAUAAAUAAACACUAGGAAACUGAUUCCAAAUUCUUUUUCCAUAGCUAACCCAUUCCUUCAACUUUGGCAUACGCUCAACUGUAUAUUACCCCAUGUUUCCCCAUGUAAUCAACCAGAAAACCACAGAAGAUUUGCUCUUCAUGACAAUUACAAAUAAGUACCACUUGUCCUUGCUAAUGCAUAUUUUUCUUCGAGCAUGGAAGGAUCAAGUAUUAGUAACUUACAUCUCCAGCAGUCUCUCCUUGUAUUGUAUACUUGUCAGCUUACAGUAAUGUAAUGGUUUAAAACAAUUUUGCUGUGAUGACAACGUCUAAUUCCUUUUUCUUUACGUAGAUUACACA